UCUGUCCGGUAGUAAAAAGGGGUCUGCAGCUCCGGUGGGUCGCCAGUCUCUUCUCUCUCCUCUCUCCUCUCAACUCUCUCCUCAUGGAGUACCCGGGGCGCUCGCUGCUGGUCGCCUGCCUGCUGGCCUCCUCGGUCUGCUCUGGAAGCCUCCCUCCCAUCCCCAAAGAAAACCUGCUGGUUGUCACCGUGGCGACGGGAGAGACGGACGGAUUCCAGCGCUUCAUGCAGUCGGCCAACUACUUCAACUACACCGUCAAGGUUCUGGGGCUGGGGUCGGACUGGCGUGGAGGGGACGUGGGGACCUCCAUCGGUGGGGGGCAGAAGGUCCGCCUCCUGAAGGAGGCCUUGGAGGUUCUGGACCUCAAGGACAUGGUGGUGCUGGUGGUGGACAGCUACGAUCUUAUCUUCUCCGGGGGGCCCGAGGAGUUGCUGAGCAAGUUCCAGCAGACCAAUCACAGGGUGGUGUUCGCGGCGGAGGGGCUUGUCUGGCCCGACAAGAGGCUGGCGGAGAAAUACCCGUCGGUGCGCAGUGGCAAGCGGUUCCUCAACUCCGGAGGAAUUAUGGGAUACGGCACUUCCAUAAAAGAAAUGGUGGGCCAGUGGAAUCUCCAUGACAACGACGACGACCAGCUGUUCUACACUAAGAUCUACCUGGACUUCCAGCAGAGGGAAGGCCUCAACAUGACUCUGGACCACAAGUGCCAGAUCUUCCAGAAUCUGAACGGCGCUAUCGAUGAAGUCAUGCUGAACUUCGGCACCGACCGGGUCCGAGUCAGGAACGCUGUGUACGACAGCCUGCCCGUCGUCGUCCACGGCAACAGGAAGAGCAAAAUCUAUCUCAACUACCUGGCCAACUACGUCCCCAACGCCUGGAACAACGAGCAGGCCUGCGCCAUCUGCGACCACAACAUGCUGGACCUGUCUCAGCUGGAGGCCUUCCCCGAGGUGCUGCUGGGAGUCUUCAUCGAGCAGCCCUCGCCCUUCCUCCCAGAGUUCUUCCAGAGGCUGCUGACCCUGGACUACCCCCGAGACAAGCUCAGUCUGUUCCUGCACAACCAGGAAGUCCUCCAUGAGAAACACAUCGAGAGGUUCUGGACGGAGCACCGUCACCACUUCAAGAGCUUCAAGGUGGUCGGACCAGAGGAGAACCUCAGCCAAGGAGACGCCCGCAACAUGGGCAUGGACCUCUGUCGUAAGGAUUCUAGCUGUGGCUACUACUUCAGCAUUGACUCGGACGUCAUGUUGACCAACCGGCAGACUCUGAAAAUCCUCAUCGAACAGAACAGGAAGGUGAUCGCCCCCCUGGUGACACGCCACGGGAAGCUGUGGUCCAACUUCUGGGGUUCUCUGAGCCUGGACGGGUACUACGCCCGCUCUGAGGACUACAUCGACAUCGUGCAGGGCAAGAGGAUAGGCGUGUGGAACGUGCCGUUCCUUGCCCACGUCUACCUGGUCCAGGGUGCCGCCCUGAGGGACGAGCUGAGGGAGAAGAACCUCUUCGUCCUGGAGAAACUGGACCCGGACAUGGCCCUGUGUCGGCACACCAGGGAGAUGACGAGCCACAGGGAGAAGGGCUCCCCUUCUCCGGAAUCGUUCCAUAUGCUCAGACCCCCAAAGGGAGUCUUCAUGUUCAUCACCAACCGCCAAGAAUUUGGGCGCCUCAUCUCCACCGCCAACUACAACACCUCCCACUACAACAACGACCUCUGGCAGAUCUUCCUGAACCCUGUGGACUGGAAGGAAAAAUACAUCCACAAGAACUACAGUCAUAUCUUCACAUCAAACGUCAUGGAGCAGCCGUGCCCGGAUGUGUUCUGGUUCCCCGUUCUGUCGCAGACGGCCUGUGAUGAGAUCGUGGAGGAGAUGGAGAACUACGGCUCCUGGUCCGGGGGGAGACAUGAGGACAAGCGCAUCACCGGCGGUUACGAGACGGUCCCGACGGACGACAUCCACAUGAAGCAGAUCGGCUUCGAUAAGGAGUGGCUCCACUUCAUUCGAGAGUACAUCUCCCCAGUCACCCUGAAGGUGUUCAGUGGGUACUACACCAAGGGCUUCGCUGUGAUGAACUUCGUGGUGAAGUACACACCGGGCAGGCAGUCGUACCUGCGACCCCACCAUGACUCCUCCACCUUCACCAUCAACAUCGCCCUCAACAACAAACACCUGGACUUCGAGGGCGGGGGCUGCAGGUUCCACCGCUACAACUGCUCCAUCGAGUCUCCCAGGAAGGGGUGGAGCUUCAUGCACCCCGGCCGUCUCACCCACCUCCACGAGGGCCUGCCCACAACCAACGGCACACGCUACAUCGCCAUCUCCUUCAUCGACCCCUGAGCCGCUGACCCCCUGACCCCCUGACCCCCUGAGCCCUUGACCCCCUGCCCCUCCCUCACGACCUCUAGUGCUACGAGGCGGUUGAGAACCGCCUCUAGGACCUCUGUGACACAGAGGAGCUUCGGUACACGGUGUUGGCUCGCUGCCGACGGGAGAGACCGCGGGCUCAGCCAACACAUUCUAGUGCCUUCCAUCCCCUCUGCCUCUUGGCCUCACGGUCGGCUCCGGCGGCGGGAGGAUCAUGGGAAACUAAAGUUUAUUUUUCUAACUUUGCACAUCAGGAUACGAGGACAGCGGCGGAGUUUAAUAGGAAUUCUGUUUGUACGAAGUUGUGUGUUUUGUUUUUUUUACGGGAAAUGUUUCCGCUUACUGGAAAGCGUUCCCACACUGUCAAUAUCAAGUUGCUUAAAUUAUUGAAAAAUAAAAGAAAUGGAAAAUA